AGGCGAUUCUGGGUGGCGGUGGCGGUGGUUCCCCUCCCGUCCGCGCCACCUGCUGCUCCUUGUUGUUGUUGUCUCUACCGGCUUGGCGGGGUUCUCUCGCCGUUGGGUGUCGCCUUUCUUGUUCGCGCCGGCACGGCACCGAGAACACGCUGCUCCUGGGAGAGGGAUCGGUCCCCUGGAGCCUGCUGCUGGGAGUGGGCAGCUGCAGAUUGGAUCCCCGACCCUACGGGAUGGAGGAGAACAUUAGGAAUACGCGGCGACGGCUGUCGCCGGCCAGCCUUCUCACCGACGACCUCGUCUUCCACAUCCUCUCCCGGGUACCGUACAUCUCGCUCUGCCGCUUCAAGUGCGUGUCCAAAUCAUGGCUCGCCCUCUGCUCCGAUCCCGAGAUCCGCAAAAAGUCGCCCCAGACCCUGUCCGGCUUCUUCUACCGCAGCAUAACCACAGGGUCGCAUCACUGUGAGUUCCGUCGCCAAUUCACCAAUGUGUCAGGGAGAGGGCAGCCUAUGGUCGACCCCUCUCUUUCCUUCAUGCCCAGCUAUUAUAAGAUCCUACUCAUCGACUCCUCCAAUGGUCUUCUGCUCUGCCGCUGCGCCACCUCGUUUCCCAAGCGUGAAUAUUUCUAUGUCGUGUGUAAUCCUGCGACUAAGAACUGGAUCCGUUUGCCGGAGACAGAGAAAAUGGCACGAAGCCCCAUCGUGCGUUUGGCUUUCGACCCAGCUGCGUCGUCUCACUUCAGAGUAUUUCUGCUCGUCAGUCACCGGCCUGGUCUGAACACUGACGUCGCUGGAGUAGCAGUCUACUCAUCCAAAACUGGAGCCUGGACUUACCGGCAGAGCGGGUGGGGUAGCGAUUGUAGAGUGGACAGUGCUUCCAGAAGCGUGCUUUAUAACGGCAUCAUGCAUUUCGCUACCGUUGCUUCUUCGGUAGUCACCGUGGACAUGGAGCUGAACAGAUGGGGGGAAAUACCGGCACCUCAGGAAAUACAUUCCAACUGUUUGAUCGGGCUGUCGCAGGGGCACCUGUAUUUGGUGCAGUUACAUAAGAGUGAAAACCGCCAUCUAUCGGUUUGGGCUCUCGAGGAUUACCAUACCCAACACUGGAUCCUAAAGCAUUCUGUCUGCACAGCACCGCUGCCUGAAUGGCGUCACGUCCAUUUUCGCGGAUACAGAGAGGUGAUUGCAAUCCAUCCUGACCGGCAUCUGAUUUUCUUUCAUGCGGGGUGGCAUGGGAAUAGUGAUGGUAUUGUGUCAUACGAUAUGGAUAGCGGGGUAGUGAAAGCGAUCUGCGCUCCUGGACCCUCCUGUGCUUUUACAUACAUACCAUAUGUUCCCUGCUUCUCAAAGUGGUUGUCUGAUGAAAACUGAAGUCUUUCACACUUGAUACAUGACAUUAUUAUCUAUGUUCAAGGAGUAAGACCGUCCAGUUUAUGGCCAUAGCGGUGCCAUGGAUAUAUGUCCUAAGUCCACAUUAGUUUGAUGUUCUAAUCGUUUGGUGCCUAAAAGCGGCUUCCUUAUGUCUCUCAAUAUUGUUAGCAAAUGUCGAACAGUAUGUAAGCAAACCUUUUGUCUAUUGCACCAGGUAGCUAUUUCAGUGUAGUUACUUAUUUGAUGUGCUUCCUUCUACUUAUUCUUGUUAACUCAUGUCAGCUCAUUAUAUAUGUUUCAAUGUAUAUUCUUUCUCAUCCGUUUUUCCUCACGGAGUUUAUCCUAGUGAUGCAACUUGUAAUCCAUCAAAUAACGUGAGAUAAUGAAGUACACCAUAUUUCUUUGCAUAGGGUAGUGUCAAACCAUUAGUAUAUCGCCCUCUUAUUUCGUCAUCUGAACUGCAUACCACUUUGACUGUUUGUAAUAAGAUGAUGCAUGGAUUUUCUCUCUCCCUUGUGUCUGAUAUAAAUACACAAAGAUGAUGAAAUAGCAGAUCCCUUCAGUGUUUGCAUUGUUUUACCAUGGGAUCAACAGUAUGUUUUGGCAUCAGAGAUUUAAGAAGUAUUAGAUCACCUAGCUUGAUGUGUGAAUCUGUGUAACACAUGAUAGGUCCAUUGUUAGAAAUCAAGUUAAGAUACAUCCUGCCUUGAAUAUUUGCUAUCAUAGCUAUCACCCUUGUCAUGUAAGUUACUUAUUCUUUUUCGAAUAACACCUUUUGUGACUAUUUAUUGAUCUCACAAAUUCCUGUAAUAUCAUUGUCUCGUCAACAUCCACUGGUUGAGUGCGAAAAAACAAUAAAUUAGCGUGGUGUCUUUGAACAAAUAAUCACUCUUGUUCUUCCAACCUAAAUUUUAAGCAUUUCCUUGUUUAUGAUUUUCAUAUUCAGCAUAUAUAAAUCAUUGUAAGUUGUGAUUUCGUGGCACCUUCUUCAGUUUAGCAUUAUAACCAAAACGAAAGUGUCCACAACUACAUUUU